UUAAGUUCUGCUUGUGAUCUAAGCUUAGAGCACAUAAAAAAUGAGACAGUCGAUCUGGAGAGCGUUCCGGUGGUGGAAGUGUUUGCUCAGUUGAAAUGUGGGAAGGAGGGACUCACUUCGGCGGAAGGGGAGAAGCGUUUGCAGAUCUUCGGAUUCAAUAAGCUCGAGGAGAAAAAGGAAAGCAAACUGCUCAAGUUCUUAGGAUUCAUGUGGAAUCCGCUCUCAUGGGUGAUGGAGCUGGCUGCUAUUAUGGCCAUUGUGUUGGACAAUGGAGGGGAUGAGCCACCUGACUGGCAAGAUUUCGUUGGAAUCGUGGUUCUCCUCUUCAUCAACUCCACAAUCAGCUUCAUCGAGGAGAACAACGCGGGUAAUGCCGCCGCCGCUCUUAUGGCCGGCCUUGCUCCUAAAACGAAGAUAUUGAGGGACGGCAAAUGGUCGGAGCAGGAGGCAUCCAUCCUCGUCCCCGGCGACAUCAUCAGCGUCAAGCUAGGCGAUAUCAUCCCGGCCGACGCCCGGCUUCUGGAGGGAGACCCUCUCAAGAUCGACCAAUCUGCCCUCACCGGGGAGUCCCUUCCCGUUACCAGGCACCCCGGCGAUGAGGUCUUCUCUGGUUCGACUUGCAAGCAGGGGGAGAUCGAGGCCGUAGUCAUAGCCACCGGCGUCCACACCUUCUUUGGGAAGGCGGCCCACCUGGUCGACAGCACCAACAACGUCGGCCACUUCCAAAAGGUGCUGACCGCCAUCGGCAACUUCUGCAUCUGCUCCAUCGCCCUCGGCAUGCUCAUCGAGAUCGUCAUCAUGUACCCGAUCCAGCACCGCCGGUACCGCGACGGCAUCGACAACCUCCUCGUCCUCCUCAUCGGAGGGAUCCCCAUCGCCAUGCCCACCGUUCUUUCGGUUACCAUGGCCAUUGGUUCCCACCGCCUGUCCGAGCAAGGUGCCAUCACCAAGCGCAUGACCGCCAUCGAGGAAAUGGCCGGCAUGGAUGUGCUCUGCAGCGACAAGACCGGGACGCUCACGCUCAACAAGCUCACUGUGGAUAAGAACCUGAUCGAGGUGUGUUCUAAUGGCGUUGAUAAGGAUAUGGUGAUCUUGUAUGCUGCAAGGGCUUCCAGAGUGGAGAACCAAGAUGCCAUUGACGCUUCAAUUGUUAACAUGUUGGGUGAUCCAAAGGAGGCACGUGCAGGGAUCAACGAGGUCCAUUUCCUGCCAUUUAAUCCGGUCGACAAGCGCACUGCAAUCACCUACGUCGACUCUGAUGGCAAAUGGCACCGAUCCAGCAAGGGAGCACCAGAGCAAAUUAUCGACCUUUGCCAACUGAAAGACGACGACAAAAAGAAGGUCCACGAGGUCAUCGACCAGUUCGCUGACCGCGGCCUUCGCUCGCUCGGCAUUGCGAGGCAGGAGGUUCCCGAAGCGAGCAAGGAGAGCGCCGGCGGACCGUGGCAGUUCAUGGGCCUCCUUCCGCUCUUCGACCCCCCGAGGCACGACAGCGCCGAGACUAUUCGCCAGGCACUCAUCCUAGGCGUCAACGUCAAGAUGAUCACCGGCGACCAGCUCGCCAUCGGCAAGGAGACCGGUCGCAGGCUCGGCAUGGGCACCAACAUGUACCCCUCCUCCACCCUACUCGGCGACAAGAACGCCGACAUCAGCGGGCUCAACAUUGACGAACUCAUCGAGAAGGCCGACGGCUUUGCCGGAGUCUUCCCCGAGCACAAGUAUGAGAUCGUGAAGAGGUUGCAAGAUAGGAAGCACAUCUGUGGUAUGACCGGUGACGGCGUCAAUGAUGCUCCGGCACUGAAGAAGGCGGACAUCGGGAUUGCGGUGGCCGACGCCACCGACGCAGCCCGGAGCGCCUCCGACAUCGUGCUGACGGAGCCAGGGCUGAGCGUGAUAGUGAGCGCGGUGCUGACCAGCCGCGCCAUCUUCCAGCGGAUGAAGAACUACACCAUCUACGCCGUCUCCAUCACCAUCCGCAUCGUUUUCGGCUUCCUCCUCAUCGCCCUCAUCUGGCAGUUCGACUUCUCCCCCUUCAUGAUCCUCAUCAUCGCCAUCCUCAACGACGGCACCAUCAUGACCAUCUCCAAGGACAGAGUCAAGCCUUCUCCCUUACCUGAUUCCUGGAAGCUCAAGGAGAUCUUCGCCACCGGCGUGGUCCUCGGCACAUACCAAGCCAUCAUGACCGUCGUCUUCUUCUACCUCGCCCAUGACACCGAUUUCUUCCCGGAGAAGUUUGGGGUGAGAUCGAUCAGGGACAGUCCUUACGAAUUGAUGGCAGCGCUUUACCUCCAAGUGAGCAUCAUCAGCCAAGCUCUCAUCUUCGUGACCAGGUCCAGGAGCUGGUCUUUCGUGGAACGCCCUGGUCUUCUCCUCUUGACAGCGUUCCUCGCGGCCCAACUGGUGGCGACGACGAUCGCGGUGUAUGCUUCGUGGGAGUUCGCUAGGAUCCAAGGCAUGGGAUGGGGAUGGGCAGGUGUCAUCUGGCUCUACAGCAUCGUCACCUACUUCCCUCUUGACGUCCUCAAGUUCAUCAUCCGCUACGGUCUUAGCGGCAAGGCCUGGGGCAACCUCCUCAACAACAAGAUUGCGUUCACCACGAAGAAUGAUUAUGGCAAGGAGGAAAGGGAGGCACAGUGGGCGUUGGCGCAGAGGACUCUGCACGGCCUUCACACAGCCAAUAAUACCUCCCAGCUCAAAAGCAGCUACGAAGAGCUGUCAGAGAUCGCCGAGCAGGCCAAGCGACGCGCCGAGAUUGCAAGGCUGAGGGAGCUACACACGUUGAAAGGGCACGUCGAGUCGGUGGUGAAGCUCAAGGGACUCGAUAUCGAUAACAUGCAGCAACAUUACACCGUCUAA